GAAAUGGCAGAAAAAGUCUUGGAACAACUUCGGAUUCAACUGAAGGAUGGUUUGACCGAGGCCGUCAUCAAAAAUUUGUUGGAUGAUCUUCGGGCCAAGAAGGUGCUAGGAAAUGAGGAGAUUGAAGAAAUAGUGCAGAAGACCAAAGCACGAGCUGAUCAAGCUCGGGAUCUGAUUGAUGGUGUGAGCAGAAAGGGGAGAAAAGCAAGUGAAAUCAUGUUAACAUGCUUGAAGGACAGAGACAACUGUCUUUAUGACAACCUAAACAUAGACAGCCAUUUAGUAAUUCCUGAAAGAGGAGCGACCUCCAGUCCACCAACACCACAAAGUACAACAGACAAACAAAAUGAUUUGGUCAGUGGAGAUGAGGUGUACAACAUGGACAGUUAUCCACGUGGACUGUGUGUAAUUAUUAAUAACGAGAACUUUGCAGAACCAAAAAAUAAAAGAUACGGAUCCCAAAAAGAUGUUGAUUCUCUGAAGGCCUUAUUUGAUUUUUUGGGCUUUCUGGUUGAAGUUGAGACAGACAAAACUGCAGCUGAAAUAAGAGCAAUCAUGGCCAAAUACAGUAACGAUGCUCGUCAUGGAGACUGCUUUGUCUGUUGUGUAAUGAGUCAUGGUGAUAAGACUGGUGUCAAGGGAUUUGAUGGGCAAAUAUGUCCCCUGAAUGACAUCACCUCCCCAUUUGAUGGAGUCAACUGUCCCGCUCUUAUUGACAAACCGAAAGUCUUCUUUAUCCAGGCAUGCAGAGGACAUGAGAUGCAGAGUAAAGUGCUGGUUACAGAUGGUGCUGGUCCCAGUCAUAACCAGAAAUCUGGCAAAGUAUACAGCAUUGCCAAAGAUUCUGAUUUUCUGAUUGCCCUGUCCACUGUGGAGGGAUAUUUGUCAAUCCGUGAUCCAUCCAGUGGAUCAUGGUUUAUACAGUCCCUUUGCAAGCAUUUAAAAAAAGGAAGUGAACAAGACAAGGACAUUUUGAGGAUCCUCACUAUUGUCAAUAACGAUGUAAGCCAUAAAGAGGACAAAAUAAAAUUAAAAAGAGAUACAGUAGAUGCAAAGAUGACCCCUCAGCCCAAAUUCACCUUGAGGAAGCUUCUUAUUUUCAAACCACCGAAGGUCAGAACUGUUUUUUUUAAAUUCCAUGACAGAAAUAGAUUACAAUUCUGUCCAGUACCUGCAUCUUCUUAA